CUUCUCUCUUUUUGUCUCUCUACCAUCCAAGAAAGCUAUGAUUCUUCUAAUUUUAUAUAUAUAAUUAAUGCUUUGAAAAAAAGAUGAACUCUUCUUUGAAUUAACACCAUUGGUGCUUCUCUCUUCUUCUUUUUUUAAAUAUCUUAGCUUCUCUGUCAUUGUUCCAAAUCAAGAAGGACUCUCAGAACCAUAUUGUAGAAGCAGUUUGGGGAGAUGGGUGCUAUCAGUCUUUGGUGUUUCACAUUCUUUUCCUUUAGUCUUUUCCUCACUUCAGGUUCAAGCGUUGCAGAGAAGCCUCCUUCAGAAGCAAUCCAGCAAAACAAAUUACUGCACAAUCAAGAAAACCAGAUGCUCUUCUCAUCUUCUGUGUUCGCUACACAAGUUGAUACGGUUCCCAUUGUCAACCCUACAACUCCAGGCACAGCAAACCCAAGUCCUAUAGUAUAUCCUCCAUCCCCGCCAGCACCGACCGCGACACAGCCGACCAUAACCCCUCCCUCCCCGACCUCAACAACUCCGACGGCCCCGACCACCACAACUCCGACGACCCCGACAACCACAACUCCGAUGCCCCCAACCACCACAACUCCAUCAACGUCAGGCGGCUCUUGGUGUAUUGCAAACCCGACAGCUUCGGAAACAGCUUUACAGGUGGCUAUUGACUAUGCUUGUGGCUAUGGAGGUGCUGACUGUUCUGCAAUUCAACCAGGAGCAAGUUGUUACAACCCAACCACUCUGCGGGACCACGCUUCUUAUGCCUUCAAUGACUAUUACCAGAAAAAUCCAGCGCCUACUAGCUGUGUAUUUGGAGGAACUGCACAACUCACCAACACUGACCCAAGUACUGGAAACUGUCACUUUGCAUCAUCCAAGACAACACCCAGCACAACCUCGCCGGUUAUCCCAACGCCGCCAAGCAUGAUGACCCCACCGACAACCACGAUGACCCCAACCACACCGUCCAUAACUAUACCCAGUGGCGGAUCAACGGUAUUUGGUGCAGAACCAACAGGGAGCCCCAACUCAGCUAUCUCAGUCUCCUACUCUCCGCUGAUGCUCUUCACCACAACUGCUCUCUUGGGGGCACUUGCAACAAAUUAUCUUUAACUGAAGGAAAUCAAGCUCAGUUAUUCUCUCCAAGACAAGCUGGCAAAUCACUCAGUCUGCCAGCGCACUUCAUGAAUUUCAAAGGAGGCACUUAGAAUCGACAUUGGGAAAUUGUAGUAUCUCAAAGCCUGGUUCUCAGCAUUAAAUUUAAGUUACCUAUGUAUACGUGAUAGUGGAGGAAGAAGCACAGGAGAAAACGCAGAAGAGCAAAGAAGUCUAUAGGUUCUAGUACUUGUAAGACUCAUAGUUACUUUCUCUGCAGUGUUAGCAUAAUAAACUAUUUAGACAAGCCCAUCCAGCUUUA